UGAGCAUGUUUAAAUAAAGGUCGCGCAUCGUUGCACAAUUGAAAAGUCGUUUAAAAUUAAAAAUGAAAGGUUUGUGUUGGUUUAUUUUCGAAAUAUGCGCUAUUUAUUGAAUGGGUAAAUUUCCAUGGCAUUUAUGGAUGAUUGUCGUCAGUCAUGCGCUUAGGAGUGAUAUUGACGAAACUGUUUGGACAUUGGGGGAAAAUGGCAAACUUUACUUUGUUAACAAAUCUCCGAUGGCAUGGUCUGACGCAAGUCGUGAAUGCCGAGAAAAGAACAGCAAAUUAAUUACAUUAGAUAGUAAAGCCAGCGAAAAUGUGUUUAAACAAAUAAUAAAAAACCAGAAGCAUGGUUUGUAUUGGUCAGGUCUCUCUGAAGAUCUAUUUCACAAAUGGUCUUGGGAAAGCGGAAUCGGAACAUUAGAUUAUUCAAAUUGGGGCACAGGUCAGCCAUAUCAAGAGAGCGAGUCUCCAGGAUGUGUUUCAGUAAACUCAAUAGGAAAGUGGCAUGUAUCUGAUUGCGAAGUGGAACGAAUGUCUAUAUGUGAAAGACCAGAUGAUGGCACAUCUUAUACCAAAGAAUCGUUUCCAAAAAGCAUUUAUUUUAUUACGAAGAACGGAACUAAUGAAACAAAAAUUGAGACUUUUAAGAGAUUUAACAACCACCAAAACAAACUACAUAACAAAGACACAACUAAAGAAAAAGAAAUGAAUAACUUGUCAACAAAAUGCGAGGAUUCUUCACUUUAUUGCAGUGCUGCAAUGAUUUCUAAAUUGAAAAAACUCCGCUCCUAUUUAAACGAUACAAAUAGCGAUUACAACAGGGAACUUAAUUCUGAUUCUACAGAUACUGCAGGUAAGUUGGAAUUAAGGACCACGAUGCAAAAUGAAAAAAGGCCUAAAGAUAGAUCCACUUCAACAAAAGCUUACACCCGCCAUUUUAUAAAAACUAAGGGCAAGCUUCAACAAUCCGGCUUAACAAAAAAAGGCGUCCUGAUGGCGUCGACUAGAAAUAUAAUCAAUGAUGUGGCAAUAGUAACUACGGGAGGAAACGGACAUAACAAAACUUGUGUUUUUCCUUUUGUAAUGUACGGUAAGACAGUUUUCAAAUGCAUUAAAACGCCAGAAAAACUCGAUAAAAAAUGGUGUUCUGUUACGAGCAACUAUGAUCGCGACCUACAAUGGGGUUAUUGCGUUUUUGAUAACAUCCUAAAGUUGAAAUCAAACAGCCCUUACGAACAGCCGCUUUUAGAGAAAGCUAAACAAAUUUUAGAUGAGAAAAAAUUUGACAAUACAUUGUUGGUUAGUCCUACGCAGAACUCUCACAAAUAUGAAAUAAAUAACAAAACUAAAAAACUUUUUGUCACACCUUUAAUGAAAAAGCAGACUGAAGAACUUGCUGAUAAGUUAGUAUCUGUGAUAUUUGAAAAAAUAAAUGAGAAUCCGCCACAUAAAGCGUCUCGUGAAAACAAAGCAUUGGAUUUUAAGGCACAAAACACAAACGUAAAUGGAAAAAUUUCGCCAAAAGUUCUAAAAAAUUCGAGUAAUAAAGUAAGUGAAAACAAAGCAAAAGAAAUUUUCAUUCCUAAGAAAAAAGAUAAAAAAAUAGAAAAUACUAAAAAACACGAACAACAAAUAAAAAACGAGGAAAAUAAAAAGUUAAAAAUACAAACUUCUAAAUUUACGAAUUCCGUAAAGCAGCCUUUAACUUUAAAAGAUAAAAACGUGGCUAAACUUCCAUUAAAUAACACGUUGAGCGAUAAAAAAGAAGCCUUCAGCCCAACAAUAAAACUCUCUAAAUUUAUGAAAACAAACAGUAAAGAUGUUUUUGAUCGCACAAAAAAUAAAAUUACAAUAAGCAAAAAUCAAUCGCAAUCGAAUGCGAUCCAUAAAAAAGAACAAACGCUUCAUUCUAUUGAGAAAAUGCAAAACCAAACUUCCAAGGAAAAAACUUCAGGAGAAUUCAACAAACUUGUAAACCACAUUCUCAAUAGAAUUAAAGACGUUUCUAAAAGCGAUGAAAGUACGGAUGUUUUUGGACAAGCUCAUGACUUAUAUGACCUGAUUAACCAACCAACUUACAAUCAAUCCGUUCAAUUAACUCAUAACAAUAAGGAUUUAACAAACAAAGACAUGAAAACAUUAGAACAAAUUGAAAAUGACAUUUUAAAUGGAGUUAAAAAUAAAAACUCAUCAAUAAAUCAGAACAUAGAACCUGAAUUCUUAAAAUGGAAUUCAAAACAAAUUGUUCACGAUGAUAAUGUUAAGGAUGAUAGAGAAACUCGUUUUAGUAAAAUUGAUUUGGAAGACUACGGAGUACUUAAUCUAAUCGAAGAAAAAGGCAACGAUAAUUCUAAUUUUUCUUCUAAUGUUUCCUCCAGCAAAAAUGAAAAUAAUGGUCUUAUAUAUGGAAAAAAUGUUUCAGAGCAAAACAAAAAUGAUAGCAAAGAUAUACGAGAGAGCUCAGUUUUUGCAAAUCACAUUGAAGAAGCGAAACACAACUCGCACGGACAAAUGCUAAUUGGGGAUACUGAGCAAGAAACAUCAACAAAGGAAGAUGUCAGCAAAAAACUGCUAUUUGAAGACAGCCUGGUUACAUUUACCCAAAAAAAUCAUACGAGUAUGAAUCUAACGGACGAACCUGCAAAACAACUGCAAUCAACUAAAAAAGAACGAAAGUGGAUCUCAACACUCGAAGUGAUGACAAAGGAUGGUAAAAUCAAGAAAAUAAAAGACAUAGAUUUAAAGAUCGAGAAUCAACCUGAUAAGGAAGACCCAAGCAAUCUAAACUAUUUAAAUCCGAAUGAUAAAGAUUUUGAGUAUUACGACUCUACAGAAAUACCUUUACAAAAUACAAUAAAUGAUUUAAAGAGUGUGGGCGAUGAUGAUGAAUUAUCAAAAAAUGGAAACUACUUAAUUAAAGUAAUACAUGAACACGAACCUGACGAAAAACCGUCAAAAUGGAACGGAGACGAAAAAGAAAAAACCAGCGUCAGCCUGCUUCAUAACAGUAGUAAAAAAUUAACAACCAAUGUUAGCGUAGAAGGAUUCAAUAACGAAGUAAAUAAAUUUGUUGAAAGAAUGGAUCCAACAGCAAGUUUUCACAAGACUCAGAAAACCGCUGAAGUUAAGCAAGAAAACUUAUUUAUUAACAAGUUCAAAGAAAAAAAUUUCACAAUUGAAUCUGAAAAGUUAUUUUCAAAACCUGAUUUAAUUGAUUUAAACAUUUAUAAUAAAGACUCAAUGAAACAAUUAAGUUUCAUUAAAGAUAUAAAAACGAUUACAAGUAUCAAAAAUAUCCUGAAUAAUAAUUCAACAACUGACUCUCUGGAGCUUAUGUCUGAAGGCAAGGUAGAAACAUUUGGAGGAAAUUCGAAAGAAAACUGUGUUUUUCCAUUUGUCUACGAAGGUGCAAGUUACUGGCACUGUAUAAAAAAAUCCCGCUCAUUGCCGUGGUGUUCAACUACAAGCAACUACGAUGCCAUGCCUUUGUGGAGGUUCUGUUGCUUUAAAGGAGACUGUAAAAUAGAGAACAAUAUAAAAAAACAAGCAAUAGAAAACAAUUCAAAAAAAUUUAGCUUAAAACUAAAUAACGGAGGAACCCAGAACUCAAAUAAAAAAAAUAAAAAUUUUUAAGGUUAAAUAUAAAUAACUAAACUUAAUUUAAAAAAUCAGAAUGUUAACGAAGAAGACAUUAAAAACUUUCGAUUAUCAUAUUUACAAAGCUUAAAAUGUAUUGAAAUCAUUUUAAAACAAUAAUUUUUUAUAUUUAA